UGCAUUCCAUUUCGAGGAACUCAUGCUUUUGUUGAGAUUUUGUUGGGAUUCAGAGCGUGUACUUUAAUUUAGGAACAAAUUUGUGCACACGUAUUUAUAAAAAAAACCCAGUUAUUAUGCGACAAAGAAAAAACAUUUAAAAGAAAUUCAAAUUUGACAUCUUGACCUGGUUGGUUAGCAAAUUGGUACACAGAUGUUGAACCUGCCUACAUGUUCGUAGCGGGGCAGCUGACGCGUCUGACUCAAAGCAGAAAAAUAACAGCUAAAACAAUUAAUUUAAAGCUAAUUACAUUUUUGACACCGCAUACAUCAGGUUUAAUUUUCAGAAACAAGUUUUGGCCCGCGAUUAAAUGCCUUUAAACGGUUUAGUACCGACUUCUGCAAGGAUGCGCCCUUCUGUGACUCCCUUUCAGCUGCUAAUGCAGCGGAUGGACGACGUUUUGGGGGACGGAGGGAUCCUGAAGGAGGUGGUCCACCCAGGAGAGGGUCCACCUGUGCCUCUAAAUGCUUCAGUAUUGAUGUAUUAUUCUGGGUUUCUGGAGUAUUCUGAUCAGCCUUAUGAAUCCAACACCUACAUCAAGCACCCCCCACUGAUGAAGCUUGGGAAAGAGGUGACAUUAGCUGGACUGGAGAUGGGUCUGUUGACCAUGAAGAGAGGGGAGUUCUCACGCUUCCUCUUCCAGCCCCGGUAUGCCUACGGAGACAUGGGCUGUCCUCCAUUGAUCCCUGCUUCAGCCACGAUCCUGUACGAGGUCCAGCUCCUCGACUAUCUUGACUCAGGAUUGGUUGAUGAUUAUGUCGCGAGGAGUCCGGAGGAACAGAAUGCCGUUUCUUUCCCCAUGUUCCUCACCGUCGUCAACACACUGCGCAGCUUCGGCAACCGCUGUUUCAACCAGAGCCGAUAUGAAAACGCCAAAGAUAACUAUAAACGGGCAGCAACUCUGCUGGGAAACCGAACAGCACAGAGUGAACCAGAGAAGGAGAAGAUCAAGGCGGCUCUGCUGCCUCUCCAUCUGAACUGUUCUCUCACCGAGCUCCGCCUGGAGAACCCACGCAGAGCCCUCAAGUACGGCAAAAAAGCCUUAGCGAUAGAUGCUACCAACACAAAGGCUCUUUACCGCUGUGGACAGGCUUACAUGGAGCUGUCUGAGUAUGAGUGUGCUCAGAGUUGCCUCAUUUCUGCUCAAGCGAGGAAGCCGUUUGACUCCGACAUCAACAACCUUCUGAGGAAAGUGGCGAUGUGCUACAAAAGCAGCUUGGAUAAAGAGAAGGACAUUUACUCGAAGAUGUUCAGCAAGGUGACGGCUCCUGAGAAGAUGUGAGAUUCAGCAGGUUAAAGAGUCAUCUGUUUAUUUUCCUUCCCUUUCUGGCAAUUUGUUUAUGUUUCAAAAAGGAAAAAGUGUUGAUGUAUUUUGUACUUUAUUUGCAAAGAGUAUUUUUUUCUAGUGUUUGUUAUUGUAGCUCACAGGUUGGUGUUUUCUUUACAUUCUUUAUUUUUACAUGGUGUUAACUUUAAGUCUGUUUCUGAUCACUCUUGAAGUUGGUGACGAAUAAAUUCAAACCUUUUUCACCCCCA